GCCGUGCCAGCCGAUCGCUUAACGAUCACCCCCUUAUUCGAACACCGGGCCGAUCCGGCGGCCAAACAACAUUCAUUUCUUGAAGUUCAACUAACUCUUAUUUCUAUCCUUCGAGUGCAAUCUUCUCAUAAUGGGGGCGAAAGGAACCUAUUCCUUGAUGUCCAUUCCAGAUAUCAUCAAUUCACUUGGUGAUUGGGGACUGACCGUUGAAGAAGAUCGUCUCUUGCGGCCGACAUCAGAAUUUGUAGAGUUCGUCUUUUGCGCGUGCCUCGCUCAAGUCACCGGUAUAAACCGCGAGGAUCUACUCCAACCAGCUCAGGACGCGCUUUCUAUCUCCUCAUUGGAGGAUAAGGAUAAUAUAUAUCUCUCUGCCCUCACUCAUAAUCUCUUGUGUUACCACCUCACCCGGUUUGCCAAUGCUGCCCGGGUAGACGACUUCUCUUCCUAUGACAUUUCUAAACCAACGAAAGAGCGUACACUCUUGCUUCUAUCCGCUUUUAUCAACUUUGUCAAGUUCACAGAACAACUUUGCAAUCCUUUUGUAAAUGAGCUUGUGAACCGCUCGAAUGCUCUACUUGUCGACCGGGACCAGGUUUCCAGCAAACUUGCUCAGACUCAAAAACAGAUCCAGGAGUUGAAAGCCAAACGAGAUAAAGAUGAGCCAAUAUGUCAAGAACUGCGAGCGAAAAACAAAGAACUCGGUGACCUAGUGCUCCAAACGAAAGCCGCUCAGCAACCAAUAGUCCAGGAAGCUGCUUUGCUCAAAGAAGAAAAGACGCGAUUGAUGGAACGAAAGGAACACAUCCAGAGGGAACUCGAAGCAAUUUCCGACGCGAACAAACGCAUCAGAGGACGUAUCGUUCAGUCUCCAGAGCGUGUCAAACGUAGCAUCUCGACUAUGAGCGUUAGCAGGACCGAACACAAGAGGAUGGUCGCAAUAAAUGAGACCAAAGCGAGGGACCUGCAGGCCAAAAUCAACGCGUUGGUGAUAAUUGAACAAGAUCUUCGUACCUGUAUAGACCAACUGCAGGUCGUCGAGAAAGAGAUCAAGUCAUUACAGGAUAUGCAAAAAGACCUAGCAGAACUGAAAGACCAAUUACACGACAAAAAGAUCGAAAGAAAUGAGCUACAACUAAAGCAGGAGCGGGUUGUCAAGCAACUAGAAAAUGCCCACGCAAAACUCACACUUACUCAACAACGAGCCGCGGACAAAAAGGCUGCAAACGCACGAAUUCUUGAACGACUUCAGGGAGAAUACAACGAUAUGGCCGAGCAGAGGCAGGAAAACGACCUGCAACUAGCGGAAAUAAGGAAAGAGGCGGCAGAAGUUGAAGAAAAGAUAUCUGAACACCUCAAAGUUAGCGAAGGAGAACUACAUGGUUUGCUCAAGGAAUACUGGAGUUUGAAGUGCGCGACGAAUGUAUACAUGGAGACUUUGGCGACGAAACUAAAUAUGAAGAUAUCAUGAAUUGGUGAAUGUUCUUUGUAUUACUAUUCGGAUUCCUUCAUGAGUAUCUGCUUGUAUAGUGACUCAAUCAUAUGUAUCUUCGUCUGUAU